AUUAAUGAAUAAUAUUAGGAAUCAUGAAAAAAUAUCAUAAAAUCUUUCAUGAAGAUUUUUCUUCCUUUGAUUAGUGUGUGAUGUUUUUUUAUAUGUGUAAUCUAACCGUGAAGAAUAUUUCAGGAUCACUUUCAUGAUAUUUUUUUUAUGAUACUUAACAUUACUCAGGAUUAAUUAGCUACCACAUUUUAAGUCCUAAUAGUGUGAACUUAUUGUUAAUUAUAAUAUUAAACACACCACCCAAAUACGCAUAUCCUAGAUGUGGAUUUUGUUCAAAACCUGAUCAGAAUGAAGCUGAUCUGCUAGCACCAAGGAAGAAGAUGAGUGGCAAACACACUCACAUAGGUCCUGGAACAUGGCGAAUCAGCUGCAGCUUCCAUUCCCUUGUAGCAGUCCUUGUCGCGGUAUUCAUCAUUUCGGUGUUUUACACAACUAGAGUGAACAAAUUGCUGGUGGAAGAUCAUCAGGAAGCAAGCAUAGAGAACAAAAUGCUGAGGAAUGGUCAUCAGGUGGUGAGCAAAAAUGGCUCCGGGGACUCAUUGCAAGGCUGCAACUUGUUUUCGGGCAAAUGGGUAUAUGAUGAUAAGUCUUUCCCUCUAUACAAAGAGCUAGAAUGUUCAUUUAUUGAUGAUGGGAUGGCAUGCGAGAGGUUUGGGAGAAGGGAUUUCAAUUAUCAACAUUGGAGGUGGCAACCUCACGAUUGCGACCUUCCAAGGUUCAAUGCCAUACCAAUGUUGGAGGAACUAAGGGGGAAAAAGCUUGUAUUUGUUGGGGAUUCAUUGAACCGGAACCAAUGGGCUUCAAUGGUCUGUUUGGUUCAGUCACCAAUUCCUCCCUCACUCAAAUCCAUGAAUAUCAAUGGCUCAUUAAUCUCCUUCAAGGCCAUUGAAUAUAAUGCCUCGAUUGAUUUCUAUUGGGCUCCAUUGCUUGUGGAAUCAAACUCUGAUGAUUUUAUCAACCAUCGUAUACCUGAUCGGAUUGUCAGAGUACAAGCAAUUGAAAAGCAUGCUAGAUACUGGACUGAUGCAGACAUAUUGGUAUUUAAUUCUUACAUUUGGUGGAGAAGGCCUAAAUUGAAGGUUUUGUGGGGAUCAUUUGGAAGCUCUGACGGAAUCUACAAAGAAGUAGAGAUGUUACGAUCGUACGAGCUGGCUCUAAGAACAUGGUCAGAUUGGUUAGACAUUCAUAUCAACCGUACCAAGACCAAAUUGUUCUUCACAAGCAUGUCACCCACUCACGAGAGGGCUGAAGAAUGGGGUAUGCCUCCAAACCAAAAGUGCAACAAUGAAACAGAGCCAAUUUCAAAAGGACAUUGGGGAAUCGAUUCAGACCCUAGAAUGAUGCGAGUAGUGGAAGCGACAAUAGAUGAACUAAAAGCAAGAGGUUUGAAGGUACAAAUGCUUAACAUAACACAACUUUCAGAGUAUCGAAAAGAUGCCCACCCAUCUAUCUAUAGGAAGAUAUGGGGGUCUAAGGAGGAACAAUCAAAUCCUAUACGUGAUGCGGAUUGCUUACAUUGGUGCCUUCCUGGAGUGCCUGAUGUUUGGAAUUUGCUCCUAUACGCCUACAUUUUUUAUUAUUAACUACAUUCAUCUUACUCUUUUAUGGCCACAUUUUACAAAUCAAGCAAUUCGGGCAAACCCGGCUUCCAGUCUGAAAUAGUUUACCCAAGCUCAAGACUCGGUGCAUCUCCAAGAGUUCGGAUUAAAUUUAGGUUGUCCCAAUUCAACAACAAUAAAAAUUUAUUUUGGGUUGACAUUGAGUUUUCUUGAACCAAGAUAUUGUACGUUUUGAAAAUAUUUAAAACAAUCACAGACGGAAAAUACAAUAGGAAAGGCUCUGUUUGGUAACGUUCCAGAGUUUAUUUUGCAUAUAAUGUUUGUUUAGGGGUUUCAAAUCAUAAUUCCACGCACUUUUGAAAACUCGGUUGAAGGCGAGAAAAUUUGGAUUAACCGGUUGUCCCACCGGACGUCCUAUCGGACGUCUCACCGGUCGUCCGGCCGAUUAACCAAAA